AUGAGAGGCGUCUCGAAGAGAAUGCUACUGUUGUUAUGCUCGAUCGUGUCGCUCUUGCUCGCCAAUGUGUCGGCGAGUGGGGACCACGGCGUGGCGGUGGCGUGGAUGGCGCCGGUGGUGAGAUCUGGAUGCAAAGGAACCGUCGGCGGAUGUCUGAUUGGGAGCGAGGAGGUGGACGAGGAGUUCGAGCUGGAAUCGGAGUCCACCAGGCGCAUCUUAGCGAUGCGGCGGUACAUCAGCUACGGAGCGCUGCGGAGGAACAGUGUGCCUUGCUCGCGGCGCGGCGCGUCGUACUACAACUGCCGACCUGGCGCGCAGGCCAAUCCGUACAGGCGCGGCUGCAGCGCCAUCACUCGCUGCCGGCGCUGA